CUCGCAUUUCGAGCACAAUUGCGGUUGAAAAGUCUUCCAGAUCAGUUUUCUCACCAUGUCGGUUUCAGAUCUAAUCAGUGCCUUUGAUGCUAUUCCCAAGAUCCAAGCCGUGACUCCCGAUGUCCCUGCUUCGGUUAUCCUGGAUGCCCCCGAGUGGCUCACAGAAGGUUAUCUGCAGAAUACCUUACGAAAGUACUACAGCGAUCAGCGGCUUAGGAUCGACUGGGUGAAGGUGAAUCCAGCCCUGGGCAAGGGUGAAAACUACGGCGGUGUCCUGACGCGGGUCAAAGCUCAGUUCACCAGGAGCGAUGGAACUUCCCAACUGGGCCACUAUAUCGUAAAAUCCACCUUUGAGGGAGACGAAUUCGCCCAGAACACUAUGGAGCCGUACGACAUCUUCAACCGGGAAAUGGAAAUCUAUGAGAAGGUCCUUCCCAAGCAAAAGGCUCUUCUUCUGGAGAUCGGUGACACCGAGCAGAUCUUCGCCGAAACCAUGGCUGUAGAUAUGCCGAACUCGGCCCUGAUAUUCGAAGAUCUGAAUGCUAGGGGUUUCGUGAUGCCCGAUCGCCUCGCUGGGCUCAACCUUAAACUGGCUCGCAUAGUGCUCCGUAAAAUGGCAAAAAUGCACGCUACUUCGGCGGUCCUCAACCAAAGAGAGAACCAUUGCCUGGAGACCUACGAUCGGGGCUUCUUCAAUCGCUACACAGAAAACUACGCUCCAGCCUUCGUGGGAAUGUUUGAGGCUGCCACUCGGCGGGUGGCCCAGUGGCCUGGAUUUGAGGCUACUGCUGAAAAGAUGAAGUCCCUUGUGCCCAUGUACAUGGAGCUUGGUAAACGGAUCUUUGACAUCAGCCCAGGCCAUAUUAGUGUCCUGGCCCACGGCGAUCUCUGGACCAACAACGUCUUGGUCAAAUACGACAAGGACUCAGGGGAGCCAGAAGAUGUGAUUAUUAUUGAUUUCCAGUACGUCGCCUGGGGAUCUCCCGCCAUCGACCUCUUUUACUUUAUGAACUCCUCCUUGGAGUUCGAGCUCCAUCGGGAUCAGCAGGAGCAGUUGAUAGCGUUCUACUUCGGAAUAUUUUCGGACACCUUGAGGAGGCUGCAGUAUCAGGAGACCAUUCCCAGCUUGCACCAGUUCCAUCAGCAGCUCCACCAAAAAAAGUUCUAUGCGGCUCACGUUUCUAUGUCCGUGUUUGGAAUUCAUCGAAAUGUGGAAACCGAAAACGCAGAUUUUAAUGCUCUGAUGGAGACCAAUCAGCGAGCAAUUAACUUCAAGAAUGCCUGCUACCAGAAUCCGAUUACUUCAAGGGUCCUGCGGGAGCUCCUUCCUGUAUAUGAGGCCGAGGGCUUGCUGGACGCCGAUCAGUAAUUCCUUAUCAAAAAUAUUUAUGUAGCACAAUUAUAGUCAGAAGUAUAAUAGCCCCUUAGUUAAUUCUUAUUAGAUUAAGUAUGUUCAUGUAUUCACACCUGUAUAAUCCAUUUAAAAUUCUCACUUUUCUCUGAAUAUAGUGAUUAUAAUAAUCA